AUGGAGAUCUCUAAGUGCUGCCUGCUGCUGUUGGUCGCCUCUUCUCUCUACUACAUUGUUUGCUCCACCACGGUUUCUCAUGAUGGACGAGCGCUCGUCAUCGAUGGCCAGCGUCGCGUCAUCUUCUCUGGCUCCAUCCACUACCCCCGUAGUACUCCCGAGAUGUGGCCCGACUUGAUACGGAAAUCGAAGGAAGGAGGGCUUGAUGCAAUCGAGACUUAUGUUUUCUGGAAUGGCCAUGAGCCCAGGAGACGUGAGUACAACUUCGAAGGCAAUUAUGACCUCAUCAGGUUCCUCAAGGAAGUGCAGAAUGCUGGACUAUAUGCCAUCCUUCGGAUUGGUCCAUAUGUUUGUGCUGAGUGGAAUUAUGGAGGACUUCCUGUUUGGUUGUACAAAAUUCCAGGGAUGCAAACUAGAACAGAUAACCAACCAUGGAAGGAUGAGAUGCAAAAUUUUACUACAUUGAUAGUGGACAAGGUGAAGGAAGAAAGGCUGUUGGCAACACAAGGAGGCCCUAUCAUUCUGCUUCAGAUCGAGAAUGAAUAUGGCAAUGGUGACAUCGAGAGACAAUAUGGUGAAGCUGGACCCAGAUACAUCAAUUGGUGUGCAAACAUGGCAGAGUCUUUGGUUUCAGAUGUGCCAUGGAUCAUGUGCCAGCAAUCUGAUGCUCCACAACCAAUGAUCAACACCUGCAAUGGAUUCUCUGGCUGUGAUGGUUUCACCCCCAACAACGGGAACAGUCCCAAGAUCUGGACAGAGAAUUGGACUGGCUGGUUCAAGAACUGGGGUUCUCCAGACCCACAUAGGCCAGUUGAAGAGGUGGCUUUUCAGGUUGCUCGUUUCUUCCAAAGCAAAGGGACAGUACAGAACUACUAUAUGUAUCAUGGAGGAACCAAUUUUGGUCGUACUUCAGGAGGCCCAUACAUUGUCACAAGCUAUGAUUAUGAUGCUCCACUUGAUGAGUAUGGUAAUAUAAGGCAACCCAAGUGGGGGCAUUUGAAGGAACUCCAUGCUUCUGUUAAGCUGAUGGAGAAGGCCCUCACCUAUGGAGAAGUUGUUGAAGAUCAUCUUGGCAAUGGAUUGACAAUUACCAAGUUCUCUGGUGAUGGGAUUGUUCCUGGUUGUUUCCUAAGUAACCAGAACAGCACGGUUGAUGCCACCAUAAGCUUUCAGGGAACCAAGUAUUUCUUGCCUGCAUGGUCUGUCAGCAUUCUUCCGGACUGUAAGAAAGAGGUUUACAACACUGCCAAGGUGAAAACUCAGACUUCAAUCAUGGUGAAGAAAAAAGACAAUGCUGGUGAUCAAUCCAAAGACUUGCGUUGGUCAUGGAAGCCUGAGAGAUUGCACAACUCUGCUAAAGGUUUUGGAAGUUCCUUCACUGUUAACAAGCUCUUGGAGCAGAAAACCACCACUGUCGAUGCCAGUGACUACUUGUGGUACACCACCAAUGUGGAAGUAAGCAAGAAGGAAUCAUUUACUCUUAGUGUCAACACCACUGGGCACAUCCUCUAUGCCUUUGUUAAUGGCAGGCUAGUAGGUUCUGAGUAUGCCACCGGUGGUUCUUAUAACUUUAUAUUUGAGAGGAAUGUGACCUUCAAGCCUGGGAAAAAUCAAAUAUCAUUGCUUAGUGCUACUGUUGGUCUUAGGAACUAUGGUGCAUUUUAUGAUAAUACUCCAGUUGGGAUUGUUGGUGGCCCAGUCAAAUUGAUUGGGAAGAACAAUACUAUUCUGGAUCUAUCCGAAUCAAAUUGGUCUUACAAGAUUGGCUUAGAUGGAGAAGUUAGGAAGCUCCAGCUUGAUGAAAAAAGGUGGCAUUCUGGUGUCAUUCCAACCAACAGACCUUUCACUUGGUACAAGACAACCUUCCAAGCUCCACUAGGAUCGGAACCAGUCGUCGUCGACUUGCUCGGACUCGGCAAAGGAGAGGCGUGGGUGAACGGCAACAGCCUCGGUCGCUUCUGGCCAAACUUCACCGCUAAUCCCUACGGCUGCAACCAAUGCGACUACCGCGGCAAUUUCCAGCCGAACAAGUGUCAGACCGCCUGCGGAGAGGCUUCCCAACGAUGGUAUCACGUUCCCCGGUCGUUCCUGAAGCGCGGAGAGCCCAACACCCUGACGCUGUUCGAGGAGGCCGGCGGCAACCCGAACCAGGUCAACUUCCAGACCGUUACUGUUGGCACCGCGUGCGCCAGCGCCAGCGCCAGCGAGGGAGACGUGCUGAGCUUGUCGUGCCAAGGAGGGCGCACCAUUUCGAGUGUCGACUUUGCUACCUUCGGCGAACCUGAUGGGACCUGCGGCGCUUACGUAAGCGGCGGAUGUGUCUCCCACGAGGCUGUUGCUAUCUUGAAGGAUGCUUGUCUUGGAAGGGAUUCAUGCUCGAUCCAGAUCAGUGACAAGAUUGGGACUUCUUGUGCCAAACUUGCCUCACCGAGGAAGCUCGUAGUUCAAGUUACAUGUUCAUGAUUCAAGGAAUAGGCUAGCUUAGUAGUUUCAGUAGAGAGAGGGAUUUGCUCCAAGUCUUUCUGCAUAA